UACUCUCUCUGUCUAUAAAAUAUAAAUAAAUAUUCUCCAACUCCAAAAUCCACUUUCUUCCCCUUCAUCACCGCCGUUCAAUCUCUUCCACAAAAAGCUUCUUUUACCCAAUCACUCUGCAAUUUUCCCAAUCAAAACCCUAAAUCAUUCAUCCCAAUCCACUUCAGAUCCACAACAUUCCACCCAAAUAUGACGAAACCCUUUCUGGGUUUCACAAUUCACCCUCCAUUUCAUCUACCCAUCAUCUUAUUCAUCUCAAUUACACUCACAUUUGUUCAAUCUCAAUCAACCGAUGCUGACGUCAUGCAAGCUCUCAAAAAGAACUUGAGUCCACUCGAAUCACUUGACUGGUCCGACCCGAAUCCGUGCAAAUGGGAACAAGUUCAAUGCUUGAACAACCGGGUCACCCGGAUCCAAAUCGGUAACAAGAAUCUCAAAGGCUCACUUCCUGAAACCCUCAACACUCUCACUGACCUUCAAUUUCUUGAAUUUCAAACCAAUCAACUCACUGGGCCGUUACCGAGUCUUGCCGGGUUAACUCAGCUGCAGAGGCUGUUAUUGAAUCGCAACAAUUUUAGCUCAAUACCUCCCGAUUUCUUUGAUGGUAUGAGUUCUUUACAACAUGUUUAUCUUGAUUAUAAUGAUUUUGCAUCAUGGGGGGUUCCAGAUAGUUUAAAAUCCGCAUCAAGUUUGCAGACUUUUUCAGCCACAUCGGCUAAUAUAACCGGAAAGAUCCCCGAUUUCUUCGGGGGCGAUACGUUUUCGGGUUUAACAACAUUGCAUUUGUCGUUUAAUUCGCUUGAAGGGGGGUUGCCCGAUUCGUUUUCGGGGUCUUCGAUUCAGAGUUUGUGGUUAAAUGGGCAGAAUAGCAGGUCUAGGUUGAAUGGUAGUCUUGAUGUGCUUCAUAACAUGACACAAUUGACCGAAGUUUGGCUUCACGGGAACCAGUUUUCGGGUCCCAUACCGGAUCUUUCGGGUUUGAGUGAGUUGCAAGAUUUGAGUUUGAGGGAUAAUAGUUUAACAGGUGUGGUUCCGGAAUCUUUAACAGGGCUGCAAUCGUUGAAAGUCGUUAACUUGACUAAUAAUUUGUUACAGGGACCAACUCCGAGUUUUGGUAAGUCUGUGGCCGUUGAUUUGGAUGGGAUUAAUAGCUUUUGUUUGCCUGAUGCUGGUGUUGGUUGUGAUGAUCGCGUUAAUAGUUUGCUUGCGGUUGCGAAAUCUGUGGGUUAUCCGCGGAAUUUUGCUGAUAGUUGGAAGGGGAAUGAUCCUUGUAAUUUGUGGUUAGGGGUUACAUGUUCUAGUGGUGGGAAUAUUACGGUUAUUAAUUUUCAAAGAAUGGGUCUUACGGGUAGUAUUUCGCCUAAUUUUUCGUCGAUUAAGUCUCUGCAAAGGUUGAUUCUUGCCAAUAAUAAUCUUUCGGGAAAAAUCCCAGAAGAGCUUAAAGAUUUGCCUAAUUUGAUUGAGCUGGAUGUUUCUAAUAAUCAUCUUUAUGGGGGGGUUCCGAAAUUUAGGGAAAGUGUUAAGGUGAAGAGCGAAGGGAAUCUUGAUAUUGGGAAAGAUGGUCCUAGUGUGAACCCGGUGUCACCGUCUGGUGGUCCGCCUGGCAGUCAAACUAGACCUAAUGGUGGUGGUGUUGGCGGCGACGGUGGUGGUGGUGGAGGGAAGAGGUCGAAUACGAAGGUGGUGGUCGGAUCAGUUGGUGGUGUUUGUGCGUUGUUUUUCGUUGGUUUGCUAGGUGUUUGUGUUUACAAAGGUAAACGGAAGCGCGCUAGUGGUAAACCUUAUCAAAGCACAAUGGUGAUUCAUCCCCGCCAUUCGAGUUCAGAUGCCGAUGCUGUCAAGAUUACGGUUGCGGGUUCAAGUACUACAAACGGUGGAGCGAGUGAAACCUUUAGCCAAACAAGCAGUGGAACUAGAGACAUCCAUGUUGUUGAAGCGGGCAAUAUGGUAAUUUCAAUACAAGUUUUGAAAAACGUCACCAAUAAUUUCAGCCCAGAUAACAUACUCGGGAAAGGAGGGUUCGGGACUGUUUAUAAAGGCGAGUUACAUGACGGAACCAAGAUUGCGGUUAAGAGGAUGGAAUCGGGAGUGAUGAGCGAUAAAGGUCUUGACGAGUUUAAAUCUGAGAUUGCGGUUCUAACCAAGGUUAGACAUAGGCAUUUGGUGGCACUUCUCGGGUACUGUUUGGAUGGAAACGAGAGGCUUCUUGUUUACGAGUAUAUGCCUCAAGGGACGCUUAGUAGGUUUUUAUUUGAUUGGCAAGAAGAAGAUUUGAAACCGCUUGAAUGGACAAAAAGAUUGGUUAUCGCUUUAGAUGUUGCUAGAGGUGUCGAGUAUUUACACGGUUUAGCACAACAAAGUUUUAUUCAUAGAGAUCUUAAGCCCUCCAAUAUCCUACUCGGUGAUGAUAUGCGGGCCAAAGUUGCAGACUUUGGACUUGUUCGACUCGCCCCAGAUGGAAAAGCUUCACUCGUGACAAGGCUAGCCGGUACUUUCGGAUAUCUUGCACCCGAAUAUGCAGUGAUGGGCCGAGUAACAACCAAAAUCGACGUGUUCAGUUUCGGGGUAAUCCUAAUGGAACUGAUAACGGGCCGAAGAGCACUAGACGAAACACAACAAGAGGAAAGCGUCCACUUGGUGCAAUGGUUCCGACGAAUGCACAUAAAUAAAGACACCUUCCGGAAGGCCAUUGACCCGGCCCUUGACCUAGACGAAGAAGCUCUAGCCAGUGUGAGUACAGUGGCAGAACUAGCAGGCCACUGCUGUGCCUCAGAACCACACCAAAGGCCCGACAUGAGUCAUGCGGUCAAUGUUCUCUCGUCCCUAGCCGAGCUCUGGAAGCCGUCUGAACCCGACCCUGAUGACAUUUACGGAAUUGAUCUUGACAUGACUUUACCUCAAGCGGUCAAGAAGUGGCAAGCGUUGGAGGGUAUGAGCGGUUACGACAGCUCGUCGGUUAUCGGAAGCAAUGAUAAUACGCAAACCAGCAUACCCACUCGACCCUCCGGGUUUGCCGACUCGUUUACUUCACUCGACGGACGGUGAGGAUCCAAAAACAACAUCUUGUUGCUGUUUAUGGGAUGGGUUUGUUCAUUCUUUCUUAUGCUUGUUUAUCUGCUGCUCUUGUUUAUUUAUCAGACUGUUCUGUGUUCUAUCUUGGAUACUCUUUUGACUUUCUACUUGUCAAUGUUUUGAAUUUGGAAGAUGCAAAAUAAUUAUGAAAUUCUAAUGUCAUAUGGGUUGUUCAUUGUAA